GACACAUGAACGGUGAUAAUAUCCACGGAACAGGCUGCAGGCAGGAGGAACAAAGAAAGCCGCCCGUUGCGUGGAAAACGUCCUUUCACUUCGUCAGCGCGGAGAAAUAUCCACGUCGGGUUUUUGGCUUCACUUUAAACACUUUCCUCCAACUGUUAGUGUCACUCCGCGGCAAUAGUCCGCCUGGUUUGUUCCGCUGAGGAUAACUGAGGAAACUUGGCGUCGUGAGGCUUGUUGGGUCGCCAAACCUUCCCUUUUUACACGCUGCGUGGAAGGUAACGCACGGAAAUAACUGGAGCUUGGUAGUGUGACCUGUGACCUUUUGACUUGGCAGAGAUGCACUUUGCUCAAGACUCCUGCAGUCGGAUGGAUUAACAGGAGCGUGGUGCCGCCUGCCUGAACACAGUGAAGACACCUUCCCACCGAGGACCCUCCGUGUUGCCGUUGCGCCCAUGAGGUAACGUCGGGACCCUCCGCCCCCUCAUUACCACCCUCGCUCCAUCCAUCUCCCUCCCCUCGGCCCCUUCCUCCCUCGGACCCUCCCAGCCAUGGGCCAGAAGAUCUCUGGCAGCAUCAAGUCAGUGGAUGUCCGUGGGGAGCCUUCGUAUCGGCCUGUACGCCGGGAGCUGCGGGGCCCAGAUUUCUGCCGGCCCCCCAGACUGGACUUACUGCUGGACAUGCCCGCCGCCAGCUCGGAGACGCAGCUCCGCCACGCCUGGAACCCUGACGACCGGUCGCUCAACGUCUUCGUUAAAGAGGACGACAAGCUGACGUUCCACAGACACCCGGUGGCUCAGAGCACGGACUGCAUCCGGGGGAAGGUGGGCUACACCCGGGGGCUCCACGUCUGGAGGAUCCACUGGCCCGCCAGACAAAGAGGCACCCACGCCGUUGUGGGCGUGGCCACCGCUGAAGCAUCUUUACACUCGGUGGGCUACACGGCCCUGGUGGGCUCGGACUCUGAGUCCUGGGGCUGGGACCUGGGUCGGAACAGACUCUACCACGAUGGGAAGAACCGGCCCGUUUCCACGUCGGCGCCCACGUAUCCCUGUUUCCUGGAGCCGGACGAGUCGUUUGUGCUUCCAGACUCUCUGACAGUGAUACUGGACAUGGACGAAGGGACGCUGAGCUUCAUGGUGGACGGACAGUACCUGGGAGUAGCGUUCAGAGGGCUGAAGGGCAAGAGACUCUAUCCCAUCGUCAGCGCUGUGUGGGGGCACUGUGAAGUAUCCAUCCGCUACGUCAACGGACUAGAUCCGGAGCCCCUCCCCCUCAUGGACCUGUGCAGGCGAGUAGCUCGGCUGGCUCUGGGCAGAGAGCGCAUCCAUCACAUCGACACCCUCCCCCUGCCGCAGACGCUCAAGAACUACCUCCAGUACCAGUGACCCCACACACACACACACACACACGCACACAGAUGGGAAGAAACCCAUUUGUUCUUCUGGUAACCAGCCUCCAAAGUGCAUCCGACCAUCAGACAUCUGCUGGAUGCGGACGGUGACAUUGACUAGGAACAGGUGGCGGCGGCGGCGCUGCGAGGGGUUUUGUUUACAACAGUUGGGGGAUUUCCAUUUUGAAUGUUUUAUCUUCUGGUUUUCAGCUUCUUCUUUUUUUUUUUUGUUGUUGCUGUCUUUCCCCUUGACACAUGACUGGAGGAGCUGAUGAAUGAGAUGAAAGGAAUUAAAAAAGGAGGAUAUUGCAAUGCAGUUUCCUGCUACUAGCACGUAUACAGUCCUCAUACAGUUUGUUUUAUGGCCUUAAAAUGCUUAAAUGUGGUGGUUUUGGGUGCCAGUUUUUUUCUGCACAGACUGUGGAAGCCUCCUCGGAAACAUGUUGGUAUUUAUAUUUAUAUUCCCAACAACACAGCAGGCUCUGUGGAGACGCAACAAUCCCUCCAAGCCACAGGAGAGAGAGAGUCCACAAACAGAUCUAUUUCUGUCAGUGUGUACACACAGAUUACAUACAGUAUAGACACUGUGUGUGUGCAGAAACAAAGCCCUAACUGUCUGCUUGUCACUGAGGCGUCUUACUACAGUUUCCACCUACAGGCUGAAAAACACAACUCCAGUUUGGUUUGAACAGCCUGAAUCUCCCUCUACUCUCCUGCCAGCUUCUCUCUUUCUUUCUCUCUCUCUUUCUAUGUCUCUUCAUCACUCGCUCCGGUUUGAUUUAAGCCUCCAUAAUGUUCGGUGAACUCAAAGGACCGCCGGCGCUGUUUGCCUGCUCUCUAGCUCCUGUAACGCUGAAAGAGAUUGAUCUGAAGGCGAAGCUGUGUGUUUGACUGCUAAUGUGCCUGCUCUGAGACACACACACACACACACACACACACACACACACACACACACACACAGCACAUGACAUCACUUCUGUCAUAUCAGAAGACACUCGCCCCCACCUAAAAAAAAAAAGUUUAAAUGCUGCAUCUUUUUCUUCCACCAUCUUACCCUUAUGUGGGUUUUUAUGCCUGUUUUACUUUUGGAUGAUGUUUUAUGAUGAGAUUUUUUUAUGUUUUUUUUUUUUUUUUUGGUCUCAUUCCAUGGAUUGUGAGAUUGUCUGCGGGACAGGUUGUCUCGCAGGUGUAGGUAGAAACAUGUGCUGCCGAGGGUCUUUUAAUGUGAAUAAGAAUAAACUCAGUUAAACUCA